CUGGCCAUUGUGACCAUUUCAAAGGUGGACACAUGACCUAACCGAGGCCACAGAAAUCCAAGCCUGGGAUUCUCUCUGGAACCAUGAAGGAAAGAGGCAUCUCUUUCCACUGUGGAGACUAAACUGGUCACACAGUCACCUGGCCCGGGGAGUGAAAGAAGCCCCGGUGGCCCACUAAUGCGCAGGCGCAGAAAGAAGGGGACGCGCACAUCUUGGAGACCGGUCUUCCCCGCCCUCCCCUCUCGCACCGGUUUUUUAUCGACCGUCACAUACUGCGCAGGCGCGCAAAUUGAACCAAGAUGGCGGCCCCCGUGGAUCUGGAGUUGAAGAAGGCCUUCACAGAGCUUCAAGCCAAAGUUAUUGACACUCAACAGAAGGUGAAGCUUGCAGACAUACAGAUUGAACAGCUAAACAGAACGAAAAAGCAUGCUCAUCUUACAGAUACCGAGAUUAUGACUUUGGUAGAUGAGACUAAUAUGUAUGAAGGUGUAGGAAGAAUGUUUAUUCUGCAAUCCAAAGAGGUAAUUCACAGCCAACUGUUAGAGAAGCAGAAAAUAGCAGAAGAAAAAAUUAAAGAAUUGGAAGUGGGCCACGCAGUGAUUGCUUCAGGCUCAUCUACCUUCAGUCUAAAGUACCCACUGUAUUCUAGCAUAUGCAUAUCCUGGCUGGCCACUUCCCUUCCCCUGUCUGUGACAUGGUAUCACCCCUUCUACCAACCCUGAUUAGCUCAGCAAUGAGGAAUUAGAAAAGGAAACCCUGGACAUUCUGACCUGCUUAGUGCCACUUCUGACGCAGAAUGUUACAAUCCCAGGGUUGUGAAAUAACUCUGUAACUCACGCUAUAAGUAAACUCUAAGCCACUCUAUGACAUAAAGUCCUGAUUCUUCCACAAAACUGGCAAUUUUGUUCACACAGUGGUUCCUGAAACGUGUAGGAAGAAUAGUCGUGAGAGAACUGGAUAGGAGGUGCCUAUGACACUGAGCAGUUGGCUGAGUUCUGAGACUCUGAUGAGAAAAUGUUUUGGAGGAGUUCCCAUGAUUGAGGAGAUUUUACUCUGCCUAUUGAGGAUCAUUUUUUCCAUAGCAUGGGUGGUAACUGGUAGGCACUUGGAUGGGUGUACAGUUUUUGCCCUAACCAGUGCAUUUUACGGCUGGUACUGUUGUGCUUCUGAUGGGAGCCCCUUUUUAGAGGUGAUGUGGAGUGGACACUACUGUAUGAUAAACAGUGAUUUGUGUCUUUCAAUGAAGACAGAGGACAGGUGAGAGCAGAACCAGUGAUGGACUGUUUUUUAUACACUCAGCAAGAAUUUCACCCAAUGGUUUAUCUGGUUGCAUAGCUCAAAGUUUAGAACCCAUUAAACAAUUAGUCAUGUAUUUAUUUUGUAGUGAAAUAGAGUUUUAACGGAAACAUGUAUUAAAGUAUGCAAAACUUAAUAAUUUAUAGCAGAUACCUGUAACAUUCAGGAAAACAAUAUUGACAAUACACUAGAAGCCUCUCCUUAUUUCCCUCUUCCAAAUUACAUACCACCCCAGUACUUCCAUCCUGCUCUUAUCUUUUGUGAUAAUUUCCUUCUAAAUGUAUAGUUUUACUAUCUAUGUAUAUAUCCCCAAAGUAUAAUUUAAUCUUGGCUGUUUUUGAACUUGAUAUAAACAAUAUCGUGUGUGUGUGUAUUUUCCUUGCUACUUUUGCUCAAUAUUUUUAAAAAAUGUAUUUUAUUUUAUUUUGUGUAAAAGGAUGUAGGGUAUAGGCCAGAGGUGUGGGGUUGAGAGGAUUCACCAAAGAGAGAGUGGGGAGCAGAAGAGGCAGAUCUACUGAAAUACACUGCUGAGGGGGAGUAGCAGGCAAGGCAGGAGAGUUCUGCUGCACCUGUGGGUUAUCUCCUCGGCCAGCAUCGAAUUCAAGCUGUAGUGGUGAUAGUGCUGAGACUUAACUCCUGGGCCACCAGGGAAGCCCCCAUUUUUUUUGCUCAAUAUUUUGUUUUGAAGUAUAUUCAUUUUGCUACCUGAGAUUGCUAUUUGUUCAUUUUCAUUGCUAAAUGCUAUUCCUUUAUAUAGUUGUACCAUAAGGUACCUUUCUAGACAGUCCAUUUUUGUCCUUAACAAGUCAAGAUGUUCUUAAUAGAGUAUUUGUAUAAUUUCUCUCUUAAUCUUUUGCUUAGGAGAACUGUUUCUCAGAAACAUCCUCCACUUCAACCCAGGAGAGUUUGAGUCCUGGAGAGAAGUAUAAAAUAUCUAAUCUAAAAAUAAGCUUGAUGAUUUCCCACAUUCAAUAGUAGCUACAUAGCCAGACACCUCUGAGUCUUCUAAAACAUUAAAAAGAAAAAUAAUUGCAAGGAGUAAAUUAAUCUCUUUCCCAUAUUGUUUUCACUUACGGAGUUGUGCAUGAAGUGAUUUAUUUUCCCAACAUUAGGAUUUCAGAUAUGAAUACUUAUCUAGAAUUCAUUUGCAUUCUCAACAUUUAUAAAAAGAGCAUUUUA